GAAAAUUUCUAUAGUGUAGAGGUGCGGCAGAAGAAUUUCAAUAUCGAAAAAAAGUAGAAUAUUAACAUCUUUCUUGACAAAAGUGCUUCCAGAAGAAGAACAACGAACAUCAUGCUUCCCUAUUAGCGCAGCGUAUCGUGCCUUCAAGCUGCAUUUCUCCCGAACAGCUCCUUGCUUCGCACUUUUUAGUGAACCACGCAAACCAGCAUGCCGCCCGUGAAGCGAGAGCGGCGCGGGUCCCCGUCGCCCAGCGGCGACCCGAGCGACAUGCAGGAGCAGGGCAGCCUGCAGGGGAGCCAAAAUCCGUCCGGACCGAGCGCUCGGAGAAGAAGAGUAGAAGAUCCCAGUCCAGUACCCAACAGGGAAAAAUAGGGCGUGUAGUCGUGAUGUGCUCAUCGAUGUUGAUCUUGGUACGUAUAGACUUAAUAUCUUAGGAUUUUUAUACAACUGCACAGGCGUUCUUUACAAGAACUUCAUGUAACCACGCACAGGGACCAGCGCCGGAAUGUGUGCGCGACAUGAAGAUCUUCAUUCGCUAGCAGUCAGAGCAAAAGUACUAUACUAAAUGCGUUUUCGUCCUCUACUUGCGGUGAAUCUCCAUCUCUAUUCUGACGCAAGGCAAUGAGCAAGAGCAUUCUUCUGGACUACGACUACCCAGAGACAUUUUUUCCUUGCAUUUCCCAGUCCCAGCCCCCCGGGUGGACCAGGAGGAGGCGAAGGUCCGUCCGCCAGCCGCAGCAACCACUUAUCGGGAAGUACUUGAUCGUCUUCUUCUUCUGGGGGCAAAUGUUUAUUUUCCAAAGAUCCAAAAGAGAAUAGAAAAAAAAUGUUUUUUCAAAAGAUCGGUGGCAACAUCUUGUUUGAAUGAACCGUAAAAUGAUAAAUUCCAAGAAGUCAAACAUCAAAAGUAAAUCGCAAAAACCAGCCAACGCCGCUUCCUACCAGGAAGAUGGGGAUUGGGAUCUGAAGCACGAGAAGCUGGACAAGGCGUCCGACAUGACGGACCGGUUGGGCCACAAAAUCCGGGAAAAUUUCAAGUUUUUCAUCCGCACCUUCCAAAGCCCGCGGCAGGUCGUUGACAUGAAAAAGAAGAAGGGCGAAGACUCCGAUAGCGAGGAGGACGACGACAAGAGGGAUGACGAAAAAAUGGAGUACACCUACGUCGAACGAGUCAAACAGAUGGUCACGAAGGGCAAACGAACCUUGAUUGUCGGUAUUUUUCCUCUGGAGGGGGUAGCUCCGUAGUUUUGUUUUUGAAGACUUCCGGCCGAGGAAAAGCAAAAGAUAAGGGCGACUGAUGAGUCCACCAAUUAUCUUCGUCGUGCAUAUAAAAUUCACAUAGAUAUACAUAUCAGAUUUCCGCCACCUGUACGGCAAGCCGGAGUGUGCCAACCUGGCCUGGUGGCUCUCCCAGUUCCCCGCGAAGGUGUUGCCCUUGCUCAACGAGGCGGUGUCGAAGCUCUGCGUGGAAGAAUACAAGGCGCACGGGAGGGAUAAGGACGAAGAGGUCUGGGUUUCCAUCUCCAGCUUUCCGUGCUCAGAUUCGAUCCGGAAGUUCCGCAACGAACAUUUAAACAAUUUCGUCACCUGCGAGGCCGUCAUCACAAGGAGAACACAGGUACGUAGGAUGGUUGAUUUUCCGUUUUAUGCAUUAGUAGCAGAGAAGGAGAAGAAGAUCGAUUUCUACUCCAGCAUGACGCGGUCGUUGAAUAUGUUUAGCUCUGUCGACAGAUGACACUAGGACACGCCAUAUUCGUUGUGUUGACAUCCAUGCGACUCCCGGGCGAAAGCCAAGCAUAGGCUGAAUUCCGGUUUUUUUGAGAAACAAGUAAGCAAUUUAUCAUCGACGCGGCCCUGACGGAUUUUUUCUCACGCACAGGUGCGCAACUGCUGCUACAACAAUCAGCCCCUUCUUCUACUUCGCGCGCCUGGCAUGCUUGCUGUGGCCAUGCUACUUGCGCAGUAUAGAUCGUGCCUCUUCUUCUAGAAGCUCAUGUUCUACAAGAAGCUGCUCUGUGUAAUUGUACUAGCGGUGCCCUGGGCCACCCCGUUGCUCCACAAGCACAAGUUGGCCUCCAGCUUUUACCGCAUUUUCGCCGCGCGCAGCCAAAAAACAAAACGCAAACGCAGGAAAAAUCGUAUCCGUUCGAAGUGAAAAUCGAGGAUGUCCUCGAUUAUAGAUUUAGAACACAAAAAGCAAAGGCUUGCGAAACAAAGUGGCUUUGUUUUUUGUUUAUGUCGUUACCGGCCUCAUCAACUAUCAGGUGUUUAAUCAGCUCCAGAACCUGUAUCUCACGUGCGACCAGUGCGGUGAAAUAAACGGCCCAUUCUCAGUAUGCCCUGCGACUACUUAUUCAGGCUCGGCGGGAGAAACGCAAAACUUGCUAUUGAUGCUUACUAACUUGUAGAGCAGUUUUUUGUGCAGCUCCUCGGAAUAAGCUGCUUUGCGACCCCCGCGGAUGAAGCACGUACUCAUAUUAACCUCAACGCAGAAGUGCUUAGAAGUUUCCUGUGGAAUUAUAAUUCUCUGCUUGCCUGAACCUGACCGCGUGUUUGCAAUGCAUAGACGGCAGUAGGGGCCGAAUCCGAUCCGUUCAAAAACAGAACCUGUUCAAAUCCCGACUGCCAGAGCAGGUAUACUUACGUUUUUGCUGCAGUUCAUACAUUCAUUCCCUCAUGAUUAUUUUCGGCUUCUCGUUUCACACAAUUUUGCCUAUGCUUAUGGUGAACCGGUAUUCAAAACCAGGACAAGUAGCACUAGACCAGGGAAAAAUCGCAAAAAUGUAGUGUAGCCCCCCCGUAAAAAAAACAGGUUCGGGUUCACGGUGAAUGCGGAGCGCACGACGUAUCAGAACUACCAGCGCGUCACCUUGCAAGAGCCCCCGGGUUCCGUCCUGGCGGGGCGCAUGCCGCGGAGCAAAGACGCGAUCCUGUCCGGCGAACUGGUCGACACGGUGAAACCCGGCGAUAUGGUGCAGGUUACCGGAAUCUACCAGGCGCAAUACGAUGUGGAACUCAACGCGCAAACGUCGUUCCCGGUGUUCAAAACCGAGAUUCUGGUGAACCACGUGGAGAACAUGCACGUGGAGAAAAUGCUGGCCCUCACAAUAUCAAAAGCAAAAAUCCCCCCUCCCCAUAUCGAAAAGGUAUGUUUCCGAAGAUUUGUGUUGCUGAUUUGAGGUCGCAAAUCACAUUGGUUUGUGUACACAAAUCCAGCAUCUUGGCUCAAGACUUCUUGUCUUGUGGCCCAUUUCCCACAAUUAGAGGCGGGGCCGCCACCCCCGCGUGAUCAUCUUGUUUCAGGAGCUCAUCGUGAGUUCCAAAGAUCCGUAGCGGCUCUACAUAACAGGCGCCGGGUGCGGCCGGUCAGCCUCUAGAUCAUCGCUAGCGUAGUUCGAUCAUUCUGAUAGUGAUAAAAAGGAAAAGUGCUGCGUUCUUUUGUUGCACUCCCUCGGUAGGCACGCGCGUGCGUUGCCGAGCAUCUGAGCGGCUCCUGCGUGACGAGUGUCACCGCCCGUCGUUUCGAGUUGGGCUGUCCUUCUUCUGUCCUCACGAGCCGUCCCUAUCGGCGUACCGUUGUGGUUUCCUCGAUCGCCACUUAGAGGCUCUCCGCGAUGGUCUUCUUCGUCGGGUGGAUAGCGGCGCGCAUCGAGUUUAUGCGGCCUGGGACUUCCGUGGAACCAGCACGAGCUUCCUGGCUUAUGUGGUCCUGCUGCGGAGUGGGCAGUCGGGGUACCUGUCGCUGGUUGCGGAGGCCAUCUCGAAGUCCCCGAUAGUGGAUGGAGUUCUCCCGCCCAUCUCCGAGUCACGAGGAUGCCGCGCCCACCAGCGGAUUGCCCUUCGGCGCUGGAGAUCAGGGACUUUUAUUUACUUACUUAUUAUUUUUGUCUGUCCUCAUCUGCGGCUCUGUCUAUCGUGAAUUUGCAUAAUAAGUAAGUCCACUGUACCUGCGCCAAAAAUAUACUUCUCCUCAUUCGUUUGUCUUUGUGUAUCUCGGUUUUUCCUUUUUGUUGUGUUGUGGUAGUGGAUUAUUUAGGGCCGCUUCCCUCAUGGAAACCUUAUUCCUGACCUCAGGCGCGUCGUAACGUCUCCUCUGGAAGCGGCUGUGCGCGGCUCUUACGUACAAGGUGGAGGCGGUGAUGGUGUUGACGGGAUGACUACGGAGAUGGUUUUCGGAUUAUCUUCAUCAGUUUUUCUUGCCGGGGGCACCGUGGCUGACCCAUCUGUGUCAGUGCGCGGACCACACCAUCAGCUGUGAUAGCGGCGCCCCAUCUGCGGCGUUCGGUGUCCCCCGUGCGCCGGGUCCUGCGUGGUGCGACGUUCUCGAAGCGGGCGAGCUUUGCGGCACCAAGGUGGUGGCGGUUGUGGUGAGGGCGAGACGCGCCCACUUUGACCAUCCCCGAGUGCGACACCAAGGUGGAGGUCGUAACGUGGAGUGGGUUAUCCGUCUCUGGCCACGAGUGGUGGUUUCCAGCGUGAUGCGCUGUCUGUCCGACAUCGCCCGCAGUUCUCCGGCACAGUGCUGUUGCGUUAGCAGUUGCUCUUCGAGAUUGAAGCUGCGCAGGACGAAGACGAGGCGGAGCAGCUCUGACGGAACUGGGCAGCGCGCGGCCUUCGCACCAGGAGCGGAAGCCGAUUACUCAGCUUUCUUCCCGGGGGCUCCGGGGCUGACCCAUUUGUGUCGGUGCGCGGACCAGCCCAUCUGCGUUGAAAGCAGCACCCCAUUCGCGGCGUUCUGUGUCCCCUGUGCGCCGGGUCCUUUGCAGCGUGCGUGGCCUUCUUGCUCGGCUCGGCCUGUUUUGGUGUCGCGUCGGUGGGUGUGCGUCAAGCUGAGUGGAGUGGAGCGAGAUGCGCGUUUUGUGCUUGGGGGUUGUUCGACGGGAUUCUUUUUGCGCCGAGGAUUUCUAGCUUGUGACACGCCGCGUGUUCCCGCGGACUCUGUUUUGUGCCUGCUCGUGCUCGGAGAUGACGUUGCUGUAGCCGCCGGAGAUCGCGGCUUUCCAUGAUUUCCUACGAUGCCGCUGGUCCUACAAGAGCCCUUUCGCCUUCAUCCCAGUGCUGUCGCUGACAGACCUUGGGCUGAUAAUCCCGUUGCAGGAGGUUCGGUCCUUGGCGCGUCUUCGCCACCGGCAGGAGUCAGGAUGGGUAGGUGGGUCUCCUUGUUAUUGCCUGAGCUUGCUCAGGCCUUCGCUGCUUUCGGUGGCUGGUGGCCGCUCUUGAGUUUCAGGUGUGGGUCGGAGUCCGUUUGCCUCUCGUCAGUUUGGACGGAGUGCUCUCGUUCAGCCACCCCCCGGCGGUCGACUGUCGGCUAUCUGGCUCCCCCAGCUCAUGAUUGCGGCGUUGGCUGGUGAUGACAAGGUUGCGGACAGUUGACUUGUCAUCUGUCUGGUUCGCUCACUUUGCUGCCACGACUGUUUGGUCCCCGGUCCCCUGAGGCGGGGGGAUACGGGUUACCUGGUCGGGAUGUCGCGCGGUAGGUGUCUCUCACGUCCCUAGCUCUUCGUACUCGCCGCUGAGUACAGUCGAGCACCUUGGUUGAUCGCCACACUGUUUCAUAGUGCUGAAACGACCCGGCUUUCACUAGGGGGAGCAUUCGUACAUUUUGUGCCCUCCGGGACUAUGCCUCUGCUUCCGUCUAAACUGAGGGGUCCACUUAUCCCUCUCGGUAUUCGGUCGCAGGGAAGGGUUGCCGGGGUCUCCCUCGCAUCGGUUCUCGAUGUCGGGUGUGAGUUUGUGACUGCGGGGGCAGUGGUUGGCUUAGGUUUGUGGAGUACUUCUGAAAAGAGGCUCCCAUUCCUUCUUCCAGGCAGUGAUCCUAGAUCGCUGCCACGCGGAGCCACCCCCGUAUUUCACCCCCAGGGGGUUGUGGACCUGGCAAAACCGAUGAGUUCGGGCUGCUGACUGUUCCACCUCCCCUAAGUGUGAUCAUUUCCGCCUCACGCCUCACGCCUCACAAAUCCAGCAUCAGAAAUUCCGUUUUGGUACACGCCUGGUUUCAACUCGGCCUUGUCCAAUUUGUAUCCCGCACUGGUAUUUGCGUUGGUUGUUUUGGUCAUGACGUUUUGCGCAUGACAUUUCGCGCUACCACUUGUGUGUAGUUCGCGAUACCGACGGGUGUCCAUGUCGGUUACUCCGUUUUUUGGCCGUUUGCAUGCGUCUCCACGUUGGUUUGUCUUGCGAGACUCUCCUUUUCUAGUGGUGGUUUUUGAGUUGUACCAGUGUGAUAGUGCCAGCUUUAGGGCGUUUUUAGAUAUAGUGGAAUUAGAACUUGUUUUUUGGUAGUACUCCUUUCUAUACUUUUUUUGAUCCCUCGGUGCUAGUGGGCAAAUUUGUACGAAGUUAUUUCUACUCAGAUAACAACACAGCUCACUACGCCGCCUUCCCAGGAGCUGUUGUUGCUAUCUUUCGGUAGAAAUCACACCGUCCAAAUAAUCCUACUAGAGUUUACCGGACUUCAUUUUUGGCUCCUGGGAUUUGCAUGUAGUCGUGUUGCUGAAAAUGUUUAUCAACAGCCGCUGAUGGAGAAACAUUUUCAACCGCGACCGUCUUGUAUAAGAAUGUUCAUGAUUGUGCUACCAUUGCUAUUGGGCAUACUGGUUGCUUUGGGGCAUUUUCAUACAUGGGCGGCAUUUGCUACGUGGUACGGGUGUCCCGUGAUUAUCGGGUGACCAAGUUCCCGGUGUGCGCGGAGGUAUCGCUUGUGGAGGGCGGAGUUUGUGCAGGCUACCGCACAUGCUUUACGACGAGAUCAUGCACAUUGCGCGGCUGUCAAUUCGGGAGUUUAGGGUGCCCAUCUCCGUCUUCCCGCUGGGUUCAAUCUGAAAAUAUUCGCAACACCGCACUGCUCUACUCCGACUUACCCUCAUUCUAUUUCCUCGAUUUCUCGGUGCCAGGCCAUGCACUUCUCCGUCUUACAUUGCGAACCGGGUCGACGGGUGCACAUAUUGAAAAAUAGAAAGUUGGGAUGGCAAGACAAAAAAGGGCAAUUUAUUAUUUAUCAAGGGCGUUCCUACUAGUGCCGCUCGGGCUUAGUCAUAGACAUAGCGUUACCUCUAAUCCUUUAUUGGUUUUAAAAAAGUAACCAGGCCUAGUUCGUGAUCUCCGGUGGAGAACUACAGCAUGCAAUUCCUAAGUUAGUCCCUGGCUCGGUCUGCUAAUCCGGGUAAGUAGCAACAUCGUCGUGCUUCUCUACUAAAUCGCUUACUGGUGCCUGCCCACUCGGGGAAUAAUUACAUAAACGGCUGCCGCUUGUGGUGGUCAGAGGCGUUCGAGUCUAGUUAGUCCCUAGCUGCGCGCUACUCUUUCAGUUCGUGCGGGCUCCAGGUGCUGCGAUCACCGGCAGGAGCUUAACAACAGCGAGCAUAAGGACGUUAGAUUUUUGAUUGCUUUACAUUACAAGACCGGCACCUGUGUCGGCCCGCCGAAGUUUCGCGCGCGGGUUCAGCAGUCUUCUUUCUCGCGAAAAAGGUGAGUCUCCUGACCCUUUCGGUCGUCACCACUCCGCCGGUAUUCGUGCUUGCGCGGUACCUCACGAUGACGAUGACGAUGGUUUAAGUUUUUUACGUAUAGUCUAAACAGGGACGCCCAGCCCUUAGCCAUCCAAAAUCAGAAAUUCCGUUUUGAUAUGGGGAGGGGGGAUUUUUCCUUUCGAUACACAACGGACGAGAUUCAGGAAUUGAAGAAUCUCUCCGAGGAGACCGUAUCAAAUGCAAAUAUGUCUGGGUCUGGAAACUUGUGAUGCUGAACUGUGCACGACUGAAAUAGUUCCCAAGGCAGCCAAGCGUGACAAGUUUGCCGAACACUUUGUUUGCCAUGCGCAAUCCGCAUGACAAGCUGCGCUUUUAUGUGACAAAAGAGGGCGUUUCUUUGUUGGUCAUGCAAUACAGAUCUUACAGGAAUGUAGGAUUAGGAUUACAAGUUCCAUUUUUCCCGACCCAGACAUUUUUGCAAUGCAUAGACCGACAUCAAAGACCGCUUGAUCCAGUCCCUGGCACCCUCCAUCCACGGGGAGCCCCACAUCAAAACCGCCGUCGCGCUUGCCAUGUUCGGUGCGGUGUCGAAAAUUGCGCCGGGGGGACACAUAUGUGUUGCAAAAGUAUCGUACUAGCAUAAAUUGCAUCACAAAUUUUUUCAAACGGAAAAAUGGAAUUUGUAAUGCUGAUUCACCUAGAAAGGGGUAUUUGUCAUGCAUGAUAGCAAUUACUUAGUACGAGUGCGAUACUUUUGCACAGGAUAACAUAGAAUCCGCGGCGAUUUGAAUAUUCUGAUUUUGGGCGAUCCCGGUAGACUGGGAUUUCUUUUUGUUUUAGAAAAAAAGCCUGCUCAUGUGAAGAAACGCGCAUUCAAAUCAGUAGAAGCUCCUACGACGUCCUGGUUUUGGAGAGGACGUGGUCCCGAAGUACAAACAAAGAGUCUUGAUGCCACACUUGUUUUAGUUACGACAAAGGUUAGUAAUGAGAAGCUACAUGCUGUUGACAAGUAAGUACCUACCGUCUUUCGCAUAUAGUGGUCGCUUCGAGACCGUUGAUUUCAUUCACAGGUAUGGCGAAGUCGCAAUUUUUGAAGUACGUGGAAAAGACGAUGCCCCGGGCGGUGUACACCACCGGCAAGGGUUAUGGAAGUGUCAGAAUCGAAAUUGACAAAAUCGGAAAAUUUGUGAUGCACAAAAUCGAUGUCAGUUGGAGCCUCAGUGUCCAAGUGGCGCAUGACAAAUUUCGGGAGCACCAAAAUCCAGUCUGUCAUGCUGCUUGGGCAAAGAAGACUGCUCCAGUCAUGCUACUCUCCUGGCAGCGCGUUGUAUACCCCUAAGCAGGCUUACAAUCGGUCCCAUUUGCCUGCUCCCCAAUACAGGCCAUCAGUGCCCUAGUACAUUUUAUGCAUCACAAAUUAUCUCGAUUUUGUCGAUUUCGAUUCUGACACAUCCAUAAGGGUGCUUCCGGGGUCGGUUUAACGGCGGCGGUCGGCCGGGAUCCGGUCAGCGGCGAGUGGGUGCUGGAGGGCGGGGCGAUGGUGUUGGCGGACCAGGGUAUCUGCCUGAUAUGCAAUGUAAAUUUCCCGUACAUGUACAAAAUGCAUGACAAAUUUCGCUCACUUGUAGUGUCCAACUUGUCAUGCUAGACUAGGAUUGAAGGCAAGUUUUGUUAUGCAGAGACUGCAUUUGUACACGUACGGCAAAUUUACUGUGGAUACCUGAUUGA